CCUCGGAGCUGAACUACAUGUCCCAUGCUCCUCUGCCAAAGAAACGGACAGUCAUGUGGAUGGAAACAGGAGUGGGCAUCCGCUGCGCUGCAAGAAGAAGAAACUUCGAGGAAAGAUGCACGAAGAGGAGGAUGGCAGCGAGGCGCACUCCUGCACGGCUUCGCGAUUCGUGAACUCCAGGUCCGUGGAUGUGGCCGACAUCGAGGGAGCGAAGGAGCAGGCCUCCAAGCUGUGCGGCUACUUGAACAAACUGUCCGGCAAGGGGCCCUUGAGGGGCUACAAGCCGAAGUGGUUUGUGUAUGAUCCAAGGAAAUGCUAUUUGUAUUACUUCAAGUCUCCCCAGGAUGCCCUGCCGCUCGGACACAUCGAAAUAUGCGAUGCGUGUUUCAGCUACGAUUUGGACGGGGAAGAGGGUCAGUUUGAGAUCCGCACGGCCGACAAAGAAUUUCUGCUUAAGGCUCCCAGUAAGCAGGUGAUGCACUACUGGCUGCAGCAGUUGCAGCAGAAACGUUGGGAGUACAGUAACAUGCGAGGCACUGGUCAGAGAGACAGCUGGAGCUCCCCGACGCUGGCCUAUCCUCACACCGGCCUUGUAGGCAAAGAUAAUGAUGCUUUCAGCUUUGAGAAACCAUGUGAAACCAUGGAGAAGGUCCGCAGUGAUUUUUCCAUGGACGACGAAACGGAGGGCGCUGGAAUGGUGGGAGCCCAGACAGCCAGAGGGCCCUCCACGAACCCCCUCAAUUUCUCCCUGAAAAACUUUGGCACGGAGCUCAGGAACUCCAUGUCUCACCUGCGUGGGGGACGACGCAGCGUGUUUUACACCAGCAACAGUCCCUCGGAGGACUGGGAGCUCGUGGAUCCGCCAAAGGACUUUACUGAACAGAAACAUCAUCCGGACACACACAGACAUUCCUUUGGAUCGGCGUUUACCUUUGAUUUUGUGCGCAACCCCUCGCGGCCUAAGAAGCUUUUGCUGGGCUCUGGAAAGUUAGGCCGCAGUGCCGAAAGCUCGCCGGUGGAAUGUAACGGCAGCAAGUCUUUGGAAAUGCAGCUUCGCCUCCAGAGCCAGCAGCAGCAGGAAGAACUGAGUCGCUUGCAGCAGGAAGAGGCUAAACUCAAGGAAGAGCUGGCCACCCAGAAGGAGCUGGUAAGGCUACUGCAGCAGACUUUAAGGACCUCCCAGAGUGAAAGGCCCGCCGGGUGCCGUCCAGCCCCGUCUCCAGAUUCGUCAGCAGCCUCAGACCAGACCCGAACUUCAGUACCAACUCGGGAAGAAGUUGCCCAGCUGGAGGAUCUGCUUAAGGAACGAGAUGGUCAGAUUCAGUCCAUGUGCGGUCACAUGGAGCGUCUCGCCCUGGAGAAGGAGAGUCUGCAAAAAGAGCUGAAGAGCCUGAAACUUAAGGUGGGGGAGAUAAACGACCAGCUUGGAAUGAUGAUGGAGACCAUCCAGGCGAAGGAUGAGAUCAUCAUGAAGCUGUCACAGGAAAACUCUGAGCACAGCGGAAAUGCAAACGACGCUGGCUCACCACCACCUCACAAAGAGCUGCAGGAGCUGACCAUCCUCAAGGACAGUCUUCAAGGCUACAAAUCCCAGAACAAGUUCCUGAACAAAGAGAUCCUGGAGCUGACGGUGUUGCGCAGAAAUGCAGAGAGUCGAGAAAAGGCUUUAGAAGCAAAGUGUACCGCGCUUGAGGCCAAGCUGUGUCAGGUGGAGAGUAAGUACUUGGUUCUGCUUCAAGAGGUGAAGAACCCGGUAUGCUCGUCUUCAGAGCAGAGCCCAGCCCGGGAGGUCAUCUCCAGAUUGUUAGAAGAUGCACUGCAGGGCGAGAACACAGACCAGCAGGAGCACACGAUCUUCAAACCAAACACUGUCAGCGAGUAUGACGUGUUCGGCUUCAAGACCGUCCCCGAGGAGGAGGAAGAGGAGGAGAAGCUGAUCGCAAAGGUGAGGGCCUUGGAGCUGAAGUCCCUGUCCAUGACGGAUCAGGAGGUUUCCGUCGGGGUCAAGUGGGAGAACUUUCUGGCCAGCACCAUGAACAGAGACCUGGUUCACUCCCCUGAGCUAAAGGCCCUGAUUCGUUGCGGCGUGCCACAUGGGCACCGCUCCAAGUUGUGGCGCUGGUGUGUUUCUUUCCACGUGAAGAAGUUUCGUGACCACUUGCCCCCAGACUAUUAUGACACCUUAUUAAACGUAGCAAGGGAGAAGCCCAACCCGGCCUCGAAGCAGAUCGAGUUGGACUUGCUGCGCACUUUGCCCAACAACAAGCACUAUGCCUCUCCGAGUGCAGGUGGAAUCCAAAAACUCAGGAACGUCCUGCUGGCUUUCUCAUGGAGGAAUCCAGAUAUCGGCUACUGUCAAGGACUGAACAGGCUGGCAGCAAUUGCCUUGCUCUAUUUAGAUCAAGAGGAUGCUUUUUGGACCCUUAUAGCUAUUGUGGAGGUCUUCAUGCCAAGAGACUAUUACACCAAGACUCUCCUUGGCUCACAGGUUGACCAGCGUGUGUUCAAGGAUCUGAUGAGCGAGAAGCUACCGCGGCUACACGCCCACUUUGAGCAGCACAAAGUCGAUUUUUCCCUCAUUACGUUUAACUGGUUCCUGGUGGUGUUUGUGGACAGUGUGGUGAGCGACAUCCUCUUCAAGAUCUGGGAUGCGUUUCUGUUUGAAGGACCAAAGAUCAUAUUCCGCUUUGCUCUCGCGCUCUUCAAGUACAAAGAAGAGGAGUUUUUGAAGUUGCAGGACUCCACGGCCAUCUUCAAAUAUCUCAGAUAUUUCACACGCACAAUCCUGGAUUCAAGGAAGCUGAUGAGCAUUGCCUUUGUGGACAUGAACCCAUUCCCCAUGAGGCAAAUCCACAAUCGGCGCGCCUUCCACCUGGAGAAAGUCCGUCUCGAGCUGACGGAGCUGGAAGCGAUCCGACAGACCUUCCUCAGGGAGCGAGAGACGAGGCAGGAUAGAAGGAGCUUUGUCAGCGACGACGAGGAGGAAAACUGACCUCGGGCCUGUCGCAUUUCUAGGCUGAGUGGCUAAAGCACGGAGACAAAGAGAUCAUCUCCGCAGAGCGCUGCUGUUCUGCAGUGAUGAACGGAGCGCUUUCCCCACACCUAAUCGUUGGAGUUGAUCUCUGCAUCAGAGCUGGAUCUAUUAACUUUAUACACUUUAAGCAACAACCACAUCAAAAGAACAAAAUGUCACAAGCCCGAAAGGGCCUAUCAGUAUUAUCAGUAUUCCUGCCAUUUCUUUUUUAUUAAAUCUCAUAAAUCCUCUGUUUCCUGUAUGCCAGGGGUGGGCACCGAGGGCCGGUGUCCCUGCAGGUUUUACAUGUGUCCUUGAACCAACACAGCUGAUUUAAAUGGCUAAAUUAUCUCCUCAACAUGUCCUGAUGUUCUCCAGAGGCCUGGUAACGAACUAAUCAUGUGAUUCAGGUGUGUUGACCCAAGGUGAGAUCUAAAACCUGCAGGGACACCGGCCCUCGGGGCCUGGAAUUGCCCACCCCUGCUGUAUGCUUACGUGUUCAUGCAAUGGCCAAAACAACCUGCAGCACAAAUCAGUAUUUUCAAACAAACGGCUGUGACCCAUUUCCUUUUUAUAGCUGACUUUUAAAUGUGUUGAAAGAAUUAUUGUGUCAUUCAUUUGUGCUGUCAUCUUCUACACGCUCACAAUUUAUUCCUCCACUAAAUACCACUCAGACGUGCGUGCACACAAAUCACUUAUGCUGAAAUGAAAAUGUUGCUGAAACUUAAGUCUUAAGGCCUUCAAGCGUUCAUGUAACAUUUCCAGUUGUAUUUUCCUUCAAGGGAUGCGUCAAAAGCCACAUUUCCAUGGUAUUAUCAGUUCUAGAAAGAGCAUCUGGAACUUGCUGAGCAGCAGUGCACUUGUGUUUCUACAAGCCAUCAAACUUAUGUGAGCCAGUAUUGUCUGUUUUUUAAGCAUUAUUAGUUUGUUUUUAUUUGGGAGGUUUUUAUUGGCUAUCGAUUUUGCUAUUCAUGUUGUUUAAAGUAGUUUAGGAACUGUUCACAUUCUCACAAAGACGUAUCUAUAAAGUCCAAACUGUAUUGCACUGGAUUUAAUCAGUAGAGUAUCUGAUAUUGGCAUGAUCGGUUAAUCCAUUCACACUGUUGUGGCUUACGCAGUUUUUGCAUGCUCUUGGCUUUUCUGUGUUUGUGUUACAUGUUUAAAUGGUCCAGUUUCCUUGUGCGCAAUUUGUUUUUGAGAUUUUUCUGAGCCCAAACCGCUGGUGUAAAUGCUGAUUGUAAUUGCAUUUGUUGUCCUCGGUGUGGCAGUGUGACAUUGGUUUACGUGGUGUUUACGCUUGGCUCGCAGGUACCCUCCUCGCAGUUUGACUGCACUCGAAGUGGCUGUAAAGUCAUGAUGAUUGUUGUAUUAAAAGAAAAAAAAUGGAAAUAUGAUGUUAAAUAUAUGAGGGAAGCUUUUCACCGUAUUGCCAAAUAUUUCUGCCAUUUUCAUAAUCAGGUACUUUAAAGUUUCCUCUUCACUGGGAUCUCCUGUUUCCUACAGCAGCUUGGAGGAAAGCUGAUAUUCCAAGCUUCAAACGCUGUUUAUAUUUGAUCAAUCAGUUAAGUGAAACUUUUCAGUCUGCUUAAAUGGGAUUUUGUGCACUGAUGUGUUGUUUACACCCUGUUCCAGUUUUAGUUUUAGAUUGCCUUGAGGUGUUUACAGAAAAGAGAGAUCUGCUGUCAGUUGCAGCUUUGUCAGCUGUUCCCAUCCCCAGCGAUCACCUGAUCCAAUGAACAAAUGGCAACAAAAAAAUUAUUUUGAUGAUGGAAACAAAUAAAAAAGAGGCAUAUAUUUGUAUUUCUUCCUUUGUGAGAGCAGGUCUCUCACAAAGAUCUUGAUUGGUUUACAGUUAAACUUGCUUUUUUAAUAUAUAAAUGUCCACACAUUGUCAGAAGGCUCAUACAGUAAGUUUUUAUGUUUACUCGGUUUCUCUUUUAAGGCUAGUCCCCCCCCCCCCCUCACAGAAUAAGCUACAUUUAAAAGAGUCUUCUCUUUAUUUUCCCUUUACUUUGUUUCUUUUUCUGUGUGUUGCUUUUCGCAGAAUUGUAUUGCACUAUUUUAUUGGUAGUAUGACUUCCGAAUACUAUAUCAGCACUUCACCUUUUUGUAUGCAUAUCUCUCAUCUUGCUCAUUGUUAAUCUGUUUCACCCAAUGAUGCAAAAAAAGUUUGUAAUAUUAGUUCAAUAAACAAUUUUCUGGCUGAA